AUGGACGCCGACUCUUCAAGAACCGCCGCCGCCCAGUCCCUCUUCCCGAUGCAGACCCGGCCGCCUCAGGUCUCCGACGAGGCCUUCAACCUCUUCCACUCCAUCGACCGGGAGCUCUUCGCCCGCCUGACCCACCCACUCGCCCGCGACCCGGCCGAGUCGGUCCGAGUCGCCGCCUUCUUCAUCUGGCUGGAGCGUGAGUCCCACGACACCUCCCUCGUCAGCCGCCUCCUUUCCCUCCCUCCCGCCAUCCUCAACGCCGCCGCUGCCGAGGCCGCCCUCUGCCUCCGUUGCGCCGAGUCCGACUCCUUCCCCCCCGCCGCCGCCGGAAACGUCACCCUGCUGCCGGAAAUUCUCUCCGGCGGCGGGAUCAGCCUCCGGCUGAUCCAAGAGAACCGGGCCGCCGUCCUACGGGCCGUCGCCAAGAUCGUCAGCACCGUAUGCCUCCGGGCUUUCGCCGACAUUCUCCCGCCGCCGCCACCGGCGGCAGCGGCGGCGGCGGCGGUUUUGUAUCGUCCCCACCCGAACAUGCCGUUGAUGGGUGGCGGGCUGCUCCCAGUGUCUCCGCCGCCGCCGCCUGCCGGUGUUUUUCCGGCGCCGGGGGAUAUCAUGGGGUUGCCGCUUCACAUGAUGGGGAAUUUUCCGGCGCACGAUUUUCUUGGUAGGAAUGUGGCCGUAAAUUAUAAUAACGGUAACGAUGAGUCGGAGGAGAAUGGCGGUGAUGGAGGUGGCGAGAGUCAGUUUGAGGUUGCCGCGGACGAAAGGACGAUCUUCUUGACGUUCUCCAAAGGGUACCCCAUAAGUGAGGAUGAAGUUAAAGAAUAUUUCACUAGGAUGUUUGGUGAUUUCAUAGAGGACUUGAUAAUGCAAGAGGUAUGUGAAGAUGAGCAAGUUCUAUAUGCGAGGAUGGUGGCAAGAUCGACGGCCGUGAUCGAUGGAAUCGUAGGAGGGAACAAGGCUAAGUAUGUGAUAAACGGGAAGCACGUGUGGGCCCGGAAGUACGUCAAGAAGCACCACCAUCAAGCGAGGUGGCCGCCGGCCAGAGGUGGCGACGACCACCCUUCUUCUUCUUCUUCUCCAUCUUCAUCCACCGUGCUCGAUGGAUAA